AUGAACCACACUUCCCAAACCUUCUUCACUCGCGCCAGCGCCGGCUCUCCCCCGAACUAUGAGAUGCUCAGGGAAGAGCACGAGGUCGGGGCGCCCCCGCCCGCGGCUCCAGUGACGUCCACCGUGAUCAACAUCCGCAGCGAGACCUCGGUGCCCGACCACGUGGUCUGGUCCCUGUUCAACACGGUCUUCAUGAACUUCUGCUGCCUGGGCUUCAUCGCCUUCGCCUACUCCGUGAAGUCUAGGGACAGGAAGAUGGUGGGCGACGUGAUCGGGGCCCAGGCCUACGCCUCCACCGCCAAGUGCCUGAACGUCUGCGCCCUGGUCCUCGGCGUCCUCAUGGUCACUGCUGUCAUCAUUUGUCUCGUUAUCGAACCAGCGAUAAUCCACCAAAUGAUUGCAGAGAUGAAAAAAUAUUUCGAGGGCUUCCAGUAGCUGCUCAUGGUCCCUGUGAAGCCCUGCUGGCCUGUCUGGCUGUGGCCAUGGCCUCCCCUCCACACCCCUGCACUCUCUGCUGCCCCGCACUCCCGCUCCGUUCACAUGGUAGUUACACUCCUGUGUUUGUCUGCAAUGGGAUUCAGUAAAGUGCAUGUGUGUGUGGGUGAUGGGGCUGUGACAUCAGGAGGGGACACAGGAGCAGGGGUGAUCAGACCCAGCACCGCAGUGAGUUUGGCUUCCUGUUCGCAGCCCAUGGAGAGUGAGAGACUCAGCCGGCCGUCGGAUGUAGGAAAGCCAGCAGAGUUUAUUCAGUGAGAGAAGGAAGGGAAGCCCUCCACAGUGUGAGCAGCCCCUGAAGGAGCCGGUGUCUGAGUUCUAUGAGGCCUUCUUGGGCAAAGGAGUGGGGCCAGUAGGUGGCAUGGUGGUUAAGGUGCCGGACUCCCACAUGCCUGCCAGUGGUUCAAGUCCUGGACUUG